AUGGCAUCAACAUGUUUUGUGAACAAUAAUGCAUUCCCUAUGAAAGUGGUGACUCCUAUCUCUCAUUCAUAUCCUGAACCUCUUGCAAAAUAUGAUGAUGUUGUGGCAAAUCCAAAGCUAUUCAUGGUUACUUUGGAGAAGCUUCAUGCUUCCAUGGGAACCAAGUUCAUGAUUCCCAUUAUCGGAGGAAAAGAGCUAGAUUUGUGUCGACUCUUCGUUGAAGUUACUUCUCGUGGAGGGAUUGAGAAGCUUAUGAAAGAGAGAAGAUGGAAAGAAGUAACAGCAGCUUUCAACUUUCCAUCAACAGCCACAAAUGCUUCAUUUGUUCUCAGAAAAUACUAUUCUUCAUUACUUUAUCACUAUGAACAAAUCUACUAUUUUAGAUCCAAUCGUUGGACAUCCGCACCUUCUGAUUCUUUUCAGAAUCAACCAGCCAUGUCAAUUCCUCCUUCAAUAACACAGUUUUUGCAACCUUCUCCAGUAACACAAUCAGUUAUCUUUCAAAAAUCAGGAUUUAAUAAUGCUUCUGAGUUGCCUCAAGGUCACUUUAUUAAUUCUUUCUCUUGUUCUUCACUUGCUGGAGUUAUUGAUGGAAAGUUCGAAAGUGGAUAUCUAGUUUCGGUUUCGAUGGGUUCCGAAACACUCAAAGGCGUGCUUUACGAGUCUCCGAGAGGCAUUCUGAUUAAUAAUAACUGUGUUGCAUCUACUGCAUUGGGUGUUCAACGCCGCCGGAGGAGGAGGAAGAAAUCAGAGAUCAAAAGAAGAGAUCCGGCUCAUCCAAAACCUAACCGAAGCGGCUACAAUUUCUUCUUCGCGGAGCAACAUGCGAGAAUGAAGCUACUAAACCAAACUAUGGACAAGGAUAUUAGUAGAAUGAUUGGUGAACUAUGGAACAAUUUAAAGGACUCCGAAAAAAUAGUUUAUCAAGAGAAGGCUAUUAAGGAUAAAGAGAGAUACAAAGCGGAAAUGGAGGAUUAUCGCGAUAAACUAAAGACGAACAUUGUGAUGGAUGAUGCAGCACCCUUGCAACAACAAUUUCUGGAAGCAAAUUCAUCAUUGGUGGAUGUUGACGUAAAAAUGCAUGAUUCAUUUCAGACUCCUGAAGAGAGUAGUUCAGGUGGAAGUGAUUAUGUUGGAGACGGUUCUUCUGGUGGAGCAAGAGUUGAUUCGGAAGCAUUUUUGGAUUCAGAAAAGGUUUGUAAGGAUGGAGUUAUGGAAGUUGUUAGUCAUUGUGAGGGAGAAGUGGAUGCUGGAAGAGUUCGAGUUCAGGAGAAUCAAAAGAUGAAUGAGAAUCAAAACAUGUUAGCCUUACUUUAG